AUGAGUAUGAAGAAAUAUAAACAAAGUAAAGCUGAUAUUGCUAAGCAGUUUGAUUUACCGGAGCGUCAAUCUAAGAUUACAAGUUUACUGAAUCAAGCUGGUCAAGCUUAUUGCAUAUGUCGGUCUUCAGAUAGUUCCAGGUUUAUGAUAGCAUGUGAUUCUUGUGAAGAAUGGUAUCACGGAGAUUGCAUUAAUAUUUCGGAAAAAGAGGCAAAAUAUAUCAAAAAUUAUUUCUGCGAUCGGUGCAGAGAAGAGGAUCCUAGUCUCAAAACUAAAUUCAGGCCCCAAAAGAGGGAAAAUGAUGGUGACUCAGGCCGUGAAGAAGGUAGGAAGAAAAAGAAGGAGAAAGAACAUUCUGAAAACAAAUCUUCCAAGAGACCUACCAAAGAUGGCUGCGGUGAUUGCCCAGGAUGUUUGCAGUUGGCUGAUUGUGGACAUUGUGAGGCCUGUGAAGAUAUGUAUAAAUAUGGAGGUGCUAAUAAAUUGAAGCUGAAAUGCAAGCAACGAAUUUGUGUCAAGGCCAAGAAGAGCUCUAGAGUUUCUAGCAGCAAUCGGAUUAAAAAGAAGCACCACGAACGUGAGACGUACGAGCCGGAGGAAUCGAUAGCACACUUACAGACUUCAGAGCCACGCCAUUGCUACGGGCCACAGUGCACCCGCGCAGCACAGUACGGCUCCAAGUACUGCUCAGCACAGUGCGGCAUGCGACUAGCCACAGCCAGGAUAUAUCAGGUUUUGCCCCAACGUAUCCAAGAGUGGUCUCUAUCCAGCUGUGUAGCUGAACAGCACAAUCGGAAAGCGCUUGAGGUGGUUCGCAGUGGUCUCGCGAAAGCCCAGGGAGCACUUCGGGCCCUGGAUAAGCAGCAUUCCGAGCUGGAUGCGCUGCUAGAGCGGGCUAAACAUGCUACAAUACAGCACAGUGAUGAAAAGGAACUGGAUGAUGAAACAUCAAUGUACUGUGUGACGUGUGGUCACGAAAUUCACUCGCGCACAGCAGUUAAACACAUGGAGAAGUGCUUCGUCAAAUACGAGGCGCAGGCGUCGUUCGGAAGCCGGCAUCGCACGCGCAUAGACGGACAGAGCAUGUUCUGCGAUUACUACAAUCCGGGAAAUGGGACCUACUGCAAGCGUUUGCGGGUAAUGUGCCCGGAACACUUCAAAGAUCCUAAAGUGAGCGAUACGGACGUAUGCGGUUGUCCUCUAGUCAGAAACGUGUUUGACCCAACGGGCGAGUUCUGUCGGGCACCGAAAAAAUCAUGUCUGAAGCACUACCAAUGGGAGAAGUUGAGAAGGGCGGAAGUAGACAUGGAGCGCGUGCGCCAGUGGCUCCGUCUGGACGAGCUGGUGGAACAGGAGCGGAGUAUUAGGCUCGCUAUGGCGUCUAGAGCUGGCGUCCUAGGUUUGAUGUUACACUCGACGUACAACCACGAAGUAAUGGAGCGAAUCACCAAAGCUAACGAAAAUGGGAAACUCAAGGAAAGUUCUUGA